AUGUCGUGCGAUGAAUCUGUCUGGGAUCUUCCCAGUGACAUAGAUGAUUCUUCCACCUCCAAAAGUCUUCCUUCAUCUGCACCCAAGAAGGUAUCUUCUUCGUCCAGUACACAGUCUACCAGAGCCCCAUCUCCUCUUCGUUCUCAAGAAAAGAAGGAUGUCCAAAAGAAGCCAGGAAAUACAUCCUCUCAGAAGUCUUCUGAUUCGAGGUCGCGGGGUAGGGGUCGAGGCGGAGAUACACCAGCUGCGGGUAGUCCUGGAGAUCGACGACUCUCCUCGCACAACAGAUUUUCAACACUUAUCAUCGAAACUGAAAUGGAAACUGAAAGUGUUCCGCCACCCGAAAGAUCACGAUCUCAGGCUGAGCGAAAUAAGAAUGCUGGCAAACUCGACAGCAUUCGCACUUCUUUUAUUAAAUAA